AUGGAGGAGAAGCUUCAGACACUUUGGCCCCUGAAGAUUCAAGGACCUUGCUCUGCAUGUCUUAAGAAGGAAGGCCUGUAUCACCACGAUUUAGAAGUAAAGAGGGACGUAUGGUCAUCCAUUCCUGCUGUCACCAGCAGAGGGCACGUGGAGAACACACCUGAGCUAGUUUCUGACUCCACCUAUUACAGCAGCUUCUACCAGCCGUCUCUGUUUCCUUACUACAACAAUCUGUACAACUACCCGCAGUACUCCAUGGCAUUGGCUGCUGAUUCCUCUUCCGGGGAGGUGGGAAGUCCUCUCGGGGGAUCCCCCGUGAAGAACAGCCUUCGGAGCCUCCCAGCACCUUAUGUGCCUGGUCAGACAGGAAACCAGUGGCAGCAGAUGAAAAACUCGGAGAACCGCCACGCAGUGAGUUCCCAGUACAGGAUGCAUUCUUACUACCCGCCUCCCUCCUACCUGGGCCAGAGCAUGUCCCAGAUCUUCACCUUCGAGGACGGCCCCACCUAUGCAGAACCGAAGGCGAGUGUCUUCUCACCGCCCAGCAGUCAAGAUUCUGGCUUGGUCUCCCUCUCCAGCAGCUCUCCCAUUAGUAACGAGAGCACAAAGGGGGUGCUCGAAUGUGAGUCUGCAUCAGAGCCCAGCAGCUUCGCGGUCACUCCUGUCAUCGAGGAGGACGAGUGAGAGGCUCGCGCUGCCCUCCGCGGUUCUUUGGAAUAGCGGGCGUAUUCCAUUAUCCACAGGGUUUGUUGUUAAUAUUUUGCAUUGAUUUAUGCAAACGACUGUUGAGAAUGUGUGUGGUUUAUACUCCUUAGAGUUUAGUCCAGAGGCUUAAAAUACAUGGGUAAUAGUUUAAGGUCCAUGACUACAGUCCACAGAAAUUAAGAGCUUUGCUCACAGCAUUUUAAAUGGUAAUGUCUCUCAUUUACUUUCUUUUCUUGGACACCGGUUUACAUGUCGUUUUCAAGAACUCUACAGUAAUUCACUCAAGUAAAGCCAUAUGUAUGCAUCUAAACGAGUCAUAAUUAGAUCUUUUAGUUUUAAAAAAUGAAAUCUUAGGUGGCUUAGGUUUUUUGUGUAAUUUUAAGUAUUUUAAUAAAACUGUGAAAAUUAAAUUUAGCUAAGUACCAAACCAGUGAGGAGAAAAGAGCAGGCAGAAUUGGUGAGUUCUUUUAGGAAUCUGUCAGGAUACAUGGAAAUACUAUGUAUAUGUUGCUGUUACAGAAAUAAAAUUAAAGCCCUUAAGAAUUGCUGCCUUUUUUUUUUUUUUUCUGGAAAGGGUAAUUUGAAAACAAUAGAGUUUAAAGUGAUGCAGAGUUCCUGGGUGUUCUUUCUAGAAUAUGAGUUUAUCAUACAUUCUUCCUACUGCAAUAAAAAAAUGGAUGCCAUCUAGAAGACUUUUGUAACCUUAGAUUGUAAUCUGAUUUGGAAAUAAGUACAUCUUUAAAAGUUACUACAGAUUUUUGUUAAAAAUUGCUUACGGAGUACUUCCUUAUGUAACAGAAGCCAUCCUGAAAUGAAACUAGUCUAAAAAAAUUCAUUGUUGUGUGUAGUUGUAGCUGUACCUGAAAUAAAAAUGUUAUUGAUGACCGAAUUUUCUUGUGUGUAUAUUUGG